AAUUACUUUGAAAGUGAUGAAUUAAAAGAAAAUGUGCCACUUCCGGGUGCAUCAGAACUUUUAAAUCGAUUUAACGGUGGACUAUUCGAGCAGUAUAUUCAGUCAUCAUCUAGGCAGAACCAGUAAAACAAACAUGUUAGACACAGCGAAAAAUUGGUUGGCCUACAUAUAUUUGCAGUACGAGUUCUCCACUUGUCUGUACAUGUUUGAACCUUGGGAAAGGAAGGCAAUCAAUACUGUUGUAAUAGCGAUUAUCGUACUAAUCACAUUCUCCAGCUACAUGUAUUUACCAAGCUACACCGAAUCGUUACUAAAUUUCUUAUCAUCGGCCCCAAAACAAAUAGAUUCCCACUUGCAGCAACCACAAAUCAUUCCAAUAAUUAGUUAAGUAUUUUCGAACCAUUUUUCUAAUGCCAAUCUAAGCCAUCACCAGUUUAAGUAGAAGCGCGUCGAUUAACUUUUAGUGUUCAUUAUUAUAAAGUGCUUUAGUUAUCAAAUUAAAGGAAUUGUUAUUUCGAGUCGAAGACAAGGCACAUUACACACACAAAAAAACAUUACUAAUGUGAUAAAAAUUGAAUAAAAUUUACCAAAUUGCAAAAA